UGUCUGCACCUAAGAGAACAAUUCUGAAUGCUUUCAGAACAUAUCAUGUGGGCAGGUGAAUAUGCUUGAUAUGAAAUUUCUCUUUUGUCAUCUCAUAUAACUAAUGCUGAGAGAACCAGCAGUAAUAGGUUGAAGGGAUCUAAUUGCUUAAAAAACCUUUAAAGCUGGGGAAGGAUUAAGAUAGAAAUGUGAAAGCAAUGUAGAAGGUGGCAUAAAAUCUUUCAGGUGCACAGAACAAGCUGUCUCCCUCUUGCCUCAUACUUUUGCCUGCCUUUUGGUGCCUAUAGAAAAAGUCAUGUGAGCUGAGAAGAGAAUGUGUGCAGGGGCUGCUGGAGUACCGACGGACCGACAAAGCUGACAGAGUGAGAGUUGGAGACAGAGAAUGUGAGGGAGACUGCUUGCUACAAAGGAAAAUUUGAGGCUACAAGGGACUGUUGCUGCUGCUGUAGGUCCAGAGCUAAUCAUUCAGAGAUCCAGCUGUUCUUCAUUCCCAGGAGUGCAAGCAAAUCCUCCAGACUCUAAGUUACAAAAGUGAAUAAGAGACAAGAAGGGAGAGGAUGCUGCUCAGCAUAUGAGGAUUUUUUCUCAGGAAGACUGUGUUUUUUUCCUCCUUCAAUUUAAGCAGUGUCGUUGGCCACUCUUGUCUCUUCCCUUCUUGAGCUGGAGGUGAAAUUCUCCAUGGAUCCCCCAGUGCACAUUUUCCGAGAGGAGCCAAGCUCUACUUGCUCCCCUGGACCAUGCUCACUUCCAACCCCAAGCAGCAAAAGCAAGCUUUUGGACUUGGCAGAUUAUGGCAACAAUGGUAGUGGCAUGUAUGAAGACCUGCAGCAGAACCACACCAACAUCUCCCCAGCUAUUCCCAUCAUCAUCACUGCAGUCUACUCUGUUGUCUUUGUGGUGGGCUUGGUUGGUAACUCUCUAGUGAUGUUUGUCAUCAUAAGGUACACAAAGAUGAAGACAGCAACCAACAUCUACAUUUUUAAUCUGGCUCUGGCAGAUGCUCUUGUUACCACAACAAUGCCUUUCCAAAGUACUGAGUACCUAAUGAACUCUUGGCCAUUUGGGGAUGUGCUGUGUAAAAUCGUCAUUUCAAUUGACUACUAUAACAUGUUUACAAGCAUCUUCACCCUGACCAUGAUGAGCGUUGAUCGGUACAUUGCUGUUUGCCACCCAGUGAAGGCACUGGAUUUCCGUACUCCUCUGAAGGCAAAGAUAAUCAAUAUAUGUAUCUGGCUGUUAUCUUCAUCUGUGGGCAUAUCAGCCAUAGUCCUUGGAGGCACCAAGGUCAGGGAUGAUGUGGACCCAGCCAUUACUGAGUGUUCUUUGCAGUUUCCUGAUGAUGACUAUGACUGGUGGGACACUUUUAUGAAAAUCUGUGUCUUUGUCUUUGCAUUUAUUAUCCCAGUGCUAAUUAUAGUUGUUUGCUAUACUCUGAUGAUUCUGCGCCUGAAGAGUGUGAGACUUCUGUCUGGGUCGCGGGAAAAGGACCGGAACCUCCGUCGCAUCACCCGAUUGGUUCUUGUGGUGGUGGCUGUUUUCAUUGUCUGCUGGACCCCAAUUCAUAUUUUUGUGUUAGUCGAAGCCCUUGGGGACGUGUCACACAGCACUGCUGCUAUUUCCAGCUAUUAUUUCUGCAUUGCGUUGGGCUACACCAAUAGCAGCCUAAAUCCUAUCCUGUACGCUUUCCUAGAUGAAAAUUUUAAGCGGUGUUUCAAAGAUUUUUGCUUUCCUUUUAAGACAAAGACAGAUAGACAGAGCACCUGCAGAGUUCGAAGUGUCAUUCAAGAGCCUGUGUAUACUAGGGAUGCUGAUGGCACAAACAAGCCAGUAUGACUAGUCGUGGAAAUGUCAUCUUAUGGUUCUCCCGGCCGAGAGGAAUCCAAUGAUCUUGGAAUAACUCAAAUAACCAGUGCAGUGUGAAAUAACCAACAACACACAUUACAGUCUGGACUGACAUUUGGACAUUGCCUGAUAUUGAUAUCAUCACAUUUCCACUUAUUGAUUGUCAGUUUUAUCUCUAUUAAUAACCGUCUUUGUACAAAUCAAAAUACAAUUCUUUUGGCAGAAGAAGGAAAAGCUCUUCACAAAACUGCUGCUUUUAAUUGCAAGGGAAGUAGCAAUUUAUUUUAUUCUGAUCUUUCUGCUCAUAUUUAUUUUCCAGUUGCCUUCCACGUGUCUCUUAGUAACUGCUGAAUAUUAAUUAAGGAGAAAGGAAAUUACUUUAUUGUAUUACCUUACAAUGAACAAUGAUGAUUAUGAGGUCAACAGUAUCUGCCAGAACUUCAAAUUUGGUGUUCUCCUUACAUUCACUGAGUGAAAAGAAUCAUAUGAUGAAUUAUGUAAUUUAGUCUUCUAUUUUAACAAGCUGUGAAGUUUUCUGGAACCUUAGUGGUGAAUUCACACAAUCCUGGUUCAUAUGGUGAUUUCAUCUGUUACUUCAUAAACUGAUCAGUGAAAAUAAAACAUCCAUAAGUUUUUCUGCAUGAACUUAAUAGCUAUUUAAUCCUAAGGGAAUCAUGUUACAUGAUUGCUAUGCAAAUGGGUUCUGCGAAUCCUAUUUAUUUAUGUACUACAUCCAACCUUCCACCUUAUCUUAGAAGUCCAACAGGAAGGGGACAUUGCUUAAUUCAAAGCCUUAAUUAUUUGUCCUAAAUGAAAUAUUUUUGAUGUUUUAGCCUUCUAUUCCCUUCUGUUCUGUUCUUUUCUUCCAUCAAAAGUUACACAGAGAAAAGUCACAUACAUUUUGGAGCCAAAACGUUGUGUGUAAAUAUGCUUAAUUUAUUCUCCCUGUGGCAUUGUUGAAUAUCGGCAUAUGUUUGGACUAUGAAAUUCCGAUUUAUGCAUGAUUUCUGGUUUGUAUAUUUGUGUCUGUCUACAACAAAAGUGCUUCAGUGUAGUUGUUGUUUUUAACUAAAGACAAAUGCAUAUAUAUAUAUA